AAGAUGGCUGCUGUGAUGGAAAAGUUCAGGAAAUAAAACAGGUGGAAGUCUUGUAUCUAGAUAGGCAAUAAAGCAAACUUGAAUAUUUGUAAAUAUAAUUUUUUUUUUUUUUUUUUUUUUUUUUACUCAUAAAUAAACAGAGGCCUUAUAUAAGAAGAUAGGGAACUGAGAUACGUAUUUGUUUAUUUUUUAGUUGCGGCACACAUUUGCUUAAAACAAAAAAACAAACAAUCCAACAAAAAAAAAGAAAAUCGAAGACGGAGGAUCAUUCUUUUGUUAGGUUUGAUUUCUUUAUAUAAUCUUUAUUGAAAUGUGUUUUUAGUGAUUUAAACUGACAUCUUUUAUAGCUGAGCGAUUGCGCUGUCGAUGUUUUUUUAGUGCAGGAAUUGUGAUAAAGACAAGUAUUUAACAAAUACAUUCUUCUUUUUCGAAAUAUAUAAAUAAACAGAUGGAAAUAUAUUCUACCACCAUCAGAGGAAGAGAACAUAUUGGGGAAGUGUUGUUUUUUCAUUGACAAAAGCUAAAUUAGAGCAUAACAAAUUUUGAUAGAUAUUAUUGUACCUGCUGAAGUUUCAGAUAUUUUUAGUACCUUAUUUUUAUUUAUUUAUUUUUUUCCUCUGGAUAAAAUUUCAACUCAAGCCUCUCAUUCCAAGGACGUUUGCAAACUACGCUUUUCUGAAAAGCCGUCAACAAAGAAAAACUCCCUACCAAGGACAACAAAAAAUAAAUAUAACUUUGUUCUGCACCAGAGACAGUGAGAACGAAACUAAUUUAAAUCGAACAAUACCCUGAAAAAAACGAAGCGCGAAGCUUUGGACUAUUACAAUAUCCACACACUUUUUGCCACAAAGGAUAUACUUUUAAAAAUAGUAUACCAAGAAGUGAACAUGAGCGAGUCCAACGUGAAGGUGGCUGUUCGCGUUCGCCCCAUGAACAGAAGAGAAAAAGACCUAAAAACUAAAUGUGUGAUAGAAAUGGAGGGGAACCAGACCAUCCUGCACCCUGCAAACACAAAUCUCGGCAAGGGAGAUAACAGGAGCCAGCUGAAGGUGUUUGCCUAUGACCACUGCUUCUGGUCAGUGGAUGAGUCUGAGACGGGUACAUUUGCAGGUCAAGAAGUGGUUUUCCAGUGCCUUGGUGAGAGUUUGCUACAGAAUGCCUUUCAGGGAUACAAUGCCUGCAUCUUUGCCUAUGGCCAAACAGGUUCAGGGAAGUCCUAUACAAUGAUGGGUUCAGUGGACCAGCCAGGCCUGAUCCCAAGACUCUGCAGUUCACUUUUUGACAGAACUCUUCAUGAACAAAGGAAGGAGGAGAGCUUCACUGUAGAGGUGUCCUAUAUGGAAAUCUACAAUGAGAAGGUCAGAGAUCUCCUUGAUCCCAAAGGGGGCCACCAUUCUCUGAAAGUGAGAGAGCACAAGGUUCUGGGUCCCUAUGUGGAUGGUCUCUCUCGGCUUGCAGUGGCAUGCUUUAAGGAUAUUGAGUCCCUGAUGUCGGAGGGGAACAAAUCUCGCACAGUGGCCGCUACCAACAUGAAUGAGGAGAGCAGCCGCUCACAUGCUGUCUUCAACAUCAUCCUCACACACACUCUGUGCGACUUGCAGUCAGGGACAGUAAGUGAAAAGGUGAGCAAGCUGAGCUUGGUGGAUCUGGCCGGUAGUGAGCGGGCAGCUAAGACUGGGGCUGCUGGAGAGAGACUGAAAGAAGGGAGCAAUAUUAAUAAGUCCUUGAGCACACUAGGGUUGGUUAUCUCUGCACUUGCUGAGCAAUCUUCUGGGAAGAACAAGAACAAGUUUGUGCCUUACAGAGACUCUGUGCUUACUUGGCUACUCAAGGACAGCCUUGGUGGUAACAGCAGGACAGCGAUGGUGGCAACGGUUAGCCCAGCUGCUGAUAACUAUGAUGAAACGCUGUCUACUUUACGAUAUGCAGACAGAGCCAAAAACAUAGUUAACCACGCUGUGGUAAAUGAGGACCCCAAUGCCAGGAUCACCCGACAGCUGCGUGAGGAAGUAGAGAAACUGCGCGAGCAACUCACAGAGGCUGAGUCCAUGAAAGCUCCAGAACUGAAAGAUCGUCUAGAGGAGUCUGAGAAGCUGAUCCAAGAGAUGAUGGUAACCUGGGAGGAGAAACUACGCAAAACGGAGUCUAUUGCACAGGAACGUCAAAAGCAGCUGGAAAGCCUGGGGAUCUCCUUGCAGUCCUCUGGUAUCCGUGUUGGAGAGGACAAGUGCUUCCUGGUCAAUCUAAAUGCUGAUCCAGCCCUCAAUGAGCUCCUAGUCUACUACUUGAAAGAUAAAACAUUAGUCGGAUCUGCUGAUUCCCAAGAUAUUCAACUCUGUGGGAUGGGAAUCCAGGCUGAACACUGUGUUAUAGACAUUACUUCGGAAGGGCUGGUUAACCUUACCCCACUCUGCAACUCAAGAACCUGUGUGAAUGGAUCGCCAGUGACCAGUCCAGUGCAACUCCAUCAUGGAGAUCGGAUUCUAUGGGGGAAUAACCACUUUUUCAGGAUUAACCUUCCAAAGCGUAGAUGGCGAGAAGAUGAAGAGAGCAUGAUGAAGAGCAGCAGUGAGCAGUUGGACAGGGAUGGGGACUCUAACAGUGAGGUCUCUAGCGAGGUCAGCUUCAGCUACGAGUUUGCACAGACCGAGGUCAUGAUGAAAGCUCUGGGCAACAAUGACCCAAUGCAGUCGAUACUUCAGAGCCUGGAACAGCAACACGAAGAGGAGAAGCGCUCUGCUCUUGAGAGACAGCGACUGAUGUAUGAGCAGGAGCUGGAGCAGCUGAGAAGACGCCUCUCCCCUGACAAGCAUUACCGCAGCAUGGAGCGCCUCUCCACAUCCUCUCCGAAUGCACAACAGAGACUCCGCCAGUGGAGUGAGGAGAGAGAGGCCAUGCUGACACGCAGCCUGCGGAAGCUGAGGGAGCAGAUUGUGAGAGCAAACCUGUUGGUUCAGGAGGCCAGCUUCAUUGCAGAGGAGUUGGAAAAGAAAACUGAAUAUAGUGUCACCUUGCAAAUACCUGCAGCCAAUCUCAAUGCCAACAGGAAGCGUGACGCAGUGCUGAGUGAGCCAGCGGUGCAGGUGCGCAGGAAGGGGAAGGGGAAGCAGAUCUGGGCUCUGGAGAAAAUGGAGAAUCGUCUGGUGGACAUGCGAGAUCUCUACCAAGAGUGGAAGGACUACGACGAGGAUAAUCCUGUGAUGCGUUCCUACUUCAAGCGAGCAGACCCCUUCUUUGAUGAGCAGGAGAACCACAGCCUUAUUGGAGUGGCUAAUGUGUUCCUUUCGUGCCUCUUCUCUGAUGUCAAGCUGCAGUAUGCAGUGCCCAUAAUCAACCAAAAAGGAGAGGUGGCAGGGAGGUUGCAUGUGGAGGUGUUCCGAGUCAGUGGGGAUUUCCAGGAGAGGGUGGCUGGAGGAGACGAUGGCUUGGAGAAUUGCAGUGAGGGCGAACCACAGGAGCGCAAGCUUGUAUGCAUGAUUAGGAUCCUUCAAGCCACAGGCCUGCCGCAGCACUUGUCUAAUUUCGUGUUUUGCCAGUACUCCUUCUGGGACGAGUCCGAACCAGUAAUGGUGGCCCCUGAAGUGGACCCCUCUGCUUCGUCCCCAACCAGUAAAGAUCCACACUGCAUGGUUGUGUUUGACUACUGCAAGGAGUUUGCUGUCACUGUAACAGAAGACUUCAUUGAGUACCUGACUGAAGGUGCUCUGGCCAUUGAGGUGUAUGGACACAAGCACACAGACCCGCAGAGAAGCCCUGCACUCUGGGACCUGGGCAUCAUCCAGGCCAAGACACGUACCCUCCGGGACAGGUGGAGCGAGGUUACUCGUAAAGUGGAAUUAUGGGUUCAGAUCCUGGAGUUGAAUGAGAAUGGAGACUACAAUCCCGUUGAGGUUGUUCCUGCACCGGAUGUUCACACCGGGGGAAUCUUUCAGCUCCGACAGGGCCAAUCGCGGAGGAUCCUGGUAGAAGUGCGAUCAGUGCAAGACUCUGGCACCAUGCCUCUCGUCGCUGAAUCAGUCCUUGGUAUUUCUGUGGGCUGUGUUGAGAUUCGUCAGGCUCGGCCUGCCAAGCCACAUCGUUCUCAUCAGGUGGAAGAUGAUGAAAUGGAUAGUUAUCAGGACAGGGAUCUGGAGAGGCUGAGGCGGCAGUGGCUUGCAGCUCUAACAAAACGGCAAGAAUAUCUGGAUCAGAAUUUGCAGAAACUAGCCAGCAAGCCAGAUAUGUCUGAGGAUGAUGCAGACCAGGAAUCACAGCUUUUGGAGCGCCGGCUGACACUGACGGAGGAGAGAAAUGCAGUGAUGGUGCCGUCCGCAGGCAGUGGCAUACCUGGAGCUCCCGCAGAAUGGAUUCCAUCGCCUGGAAUGGAAACACACAUUCCAGUUCUCUUUCUUGACCUGAGUGAGGAUGAUUUCAGCACACAGGAUAACCUGGACGAACCUGAGGCAGGCGGCUGGGAUGCCACAUUAACUGGCGAGGAUGAAGAGGAAUUCUUUGAGCUGCAGAUUGUUAAACAUGAUGGAGAGGUGAAGUCCGAGGCCUCCUGGGACUCGACAGUCCAUGACUGCCCCCAGCUGAGCCGCGGAACACCCCCAGACCAGCGAGUCUACUUGGUAGUGAAGGCAGUGGUGCAGCUCAGUCACCCUGCCGAAAUGCAACUGGUCCUGCGCAAGCGUAUCUGUGUAAAUGUCAGCGGCCGACAGGGUUUUGCCCAGAGUUUCCUGCGAAGAAUGUCUCAUCGAAGUACCAUUCCAGGCAGCGGAGUCACCUUUGAGAUUGUCUCUAACAUCCCUGGGGAUACCCAUGGCUCGGAGGACUGCGAGAUGCUGGCUCGACUAGCAGCGAAUGUGAAGAGCACAGAGUCUGCUGACUCAGAAGUCGCUAUUGAGAAGUACUUGCGCAGUGUGCUCGCUGUGGAAAAUAUUCUAACACUGGACCGGCUGCGUCAGGAAGUUGCUGUAAAGGAGCACCUGGCUGGCAAAGGGAAGGGGAACAGACGUAGCCUUAGCUCUCCAAAUGUGCAUAGGCUGUCUGGAAGUCACCAUGAUCUCUCACCAAACUACCAUCUGGAAUAUAACAAGGGGCGUUGGGAGAGUCAGCAAGACGUCUCGUUUGGUUCACCACAGUUCAGCCGUACACUCUCUGCAGUGAAACGUGCCUCUCUCACUGGGAAUACAGAGCAAGAAGCAGGUAUAUCUGGACUGGCUGCCUCUAAUCCCUGUCCAGGAAAGUCCCUGGUUCCUCAGAUGCCCAAGCUGCUGAAGUCCCUUUUCCCAGUGCGAGACGAAAAGAAAGAGUUGAGGCUGUCUCCCCUCGUCCAUCAGCCAGUGCCUCUUAUCAUGGUGCAGUCUGCAAGCAUGGAUGAGAGUCCUUCACAAACCAGACAGGUGCCUAAAGAAGAGAGUGUUCCCCUUACGGGAUCUGUUUCAUUAUUGGAGAGAGAAUUGAUAAACCCCAAAGUGUCUGCGCCUAAAGUGAACCCUGAUUUACUGGAAUGGCUCCCCAGCCCAAUGAGUGAGGCAUCCAGCGGUUACAUCUCCCACAGCGUUUCUACAGCAACACUGUCUGAGGCCUUGACAGCAGAUGGUGACCUCACAAGUCCCAUAACCAAUCAGGUUCCUGUCAGCAGCAUCAGCACAAUUCAAGCGAGUCUAGAUAGUGAAAGUACAGCCCUGACAACAAGUCAGAAGGAAGCUGUUCUGAGCACAGACACUGAACAGAAAAUUGAGCAACCCAUGGAAAACCAGCCUGAAGUACAAAGAAAUAGUUUCACCGAAACUGAAAGUUCGGACCCUGUCUUCCCCAGCCACAAAACUGAAAGCACAGAAGCACGGAAUUCAGACACCAAGACGAAACAAGAUAAAGUCCAACCUAAACCAACAGGAACCAACCCCUUUAAGAUACAGAAAGUGAAGACAUCAGACCUAAAAUCUUUUGCCCGCAUUCUUGGUAAUGAGGACACACCCCUUGAACCACCAACAGAACGGGAGCAUGGGCAAGGUAGAGGAGUCAGAAUGUCUAGAGGCGCAGAGGGUGAAGCUACUCCUCUAUCAGGAGCAGAAUAUCUGCAAGUUGGAAGUGACAAGCCAGAGUCUUUACAAGUAGACAAGCUGGUAAUCCCCUCUAACUCAGAAGAAGCAAGUGAGUGUGUCCCUAAUUGGCUGAAAGAGGGCGAGUAUGUGACAGUGGGGACCAAUAAAAGCGGUACUGUGCGGUAUGUGGGGCACACUGAUUUCGCAGACGGCAUUUGGGUUGGAGUCGAGCUAGACGUGCCUGCAGGUAAGAAUGACGGCUCCGUUGGCGGCAAGCAGUACUUCCGAUGUAAUGCGGGGUAUGGAGUGCUGGUGAGGCCAGACAGGGUGUGCAGAGCGAUAGGCACUGCAAAGCGUCGCAGCAACUUUUCAGGCUCCAACCCUAACUUGUCUGCCCUAUCUGCCUUGGCUAAGGGGGAUGUGGCUAUGGGGCUGAGGGGUGGAGAACGACACGCCAAGAGAGCAGAUAAUCGGAAAUCCUGGAACAGCUGAAAUGAGCCUGGUACAGCUGUACGUCCAGCAUCUUUACCAAUAUAUGUGGCACAGCAGCAACUACAAUCUUCACCUAGCUUACUACCAACUUGUAUGGGGAUAGUUCUAAAAACAUCCAUUCUGGCUUGGCAGUUCUAGAAAAACAACUAAGUCUCCAGAAACUGAUCUAGUGUCACUGCAAAGACCGCAGUCUAACUUUGGACUCUCUUAGGACAUGUGUACCACUCAGGAGUAGAAGUCAGCCCCACAUUCUGAAUGUCCAGUUGAUCACUGCCCCUACUCUACUCUAGGAAAGCUGCUCAAGAGCCACAACAGAGAACUCUGUUCUAUUUGCUUUAGCCAAUGUGGGACCAGCAGGGUUUAAAAUGCUUUAUUAAAUCAUGAAGCUCAGGGAUUGGUCUGCAGGUAAUGUUGGUAAUAAAGGUGUGCCUUAAUAGGGGAUGGGGGUGGAGGGUUCUUAUUGUAUACUAAUGUGAAAAGUGUCAUAGCUGGCAGAGUGGUUGUGAGUAGUUCCUGUAGUGAGAGUACCCAUAUCCUCAGUCAAAAUAGCUGAUUGAACUAUAGAAUAAAAUCUUCAGCUCUCGAUAUAGAAUGGUUGAUACUAGUAGGACCAAGUUUCAAAUGUAUUCACUGUAAUUUGCAUACUAGUGAUACACUACAAAAAAUGCUGGUAGAUAUAAACUACGACAAAGACUACACUUUAUUAAGAAUGAUGUGUUAAAACAAACAUUUAUUAGAUUUUUCUAUACAACUAAAUAGGUGGAAGGCUUUUGUAAGAAUGAACAGUUCCAGAUAUCACAUUGCUACACCAAAUUCUGAAAAACCUUCUGCCUUGCCUUCCCAAAGCAUAUUACCCACAUUUUAAAAUGAUUGUGGCUGUUGAUUGUUUUAAAUAUUAUUUUAAUGAUGUGUAAAUUAUGUUAAAUGUCAGUGCUGUUAAAGUGUCCUGCAUACAAAUCUGUAUUCCAUUUCUUUCAUUUUUAAAAUACACUAUGUUGUGGGUAGUACAAGGGUUCCCUAAAUAUAUAAAAUAUUACACUCACAAUCAGGUCAUCUUAGUGGCUAUCCCAGUAUCAUGCUAAAGACAAAACAAAACGUAAUGUUUUCAAAGCUUUUUCAAGAAGUUACAAACUACAACUACAAAAAGGGAAUUCUGUAAUUAACUUUUAAUGGAAAAUGCAUAUGGGUCAGCUAGAAGACAAAUGUACUAUAAACACUUUCAGGUUUGAGUGAAUGUGACUCGUUGACAAGUGCCUUGACAAUCUGGGCCCACAGAGCUGAAACCAGCUGUUUAAUUGGUAUAGCAGGUAGUGAGUGUUGCAAGGAGGUGUUGGAUAUAGACUGGCUCAGGCGCUGACCUUGGUGAUUGGGAGAAUGUCCUCAUUGAGAAAAUGAGUAAACUGGACACCUAAGCACACAUAUACUAGAAAAUGUGCCCAUGUGCAAAGAUCCCCAUUUCUGCACACACACAGGUUUGUACGUGAACCUGCAUGCCCACAAAUGCACAUGUAGAUGGAAAUUU